AUGUGAAGUCAAUCCCUGGUCCUCCGGGUCCACAAGGAAUUCAGGGGCCCGCAGGUCCCCCUGGUGUUCAAGGACCUGUUGGUCCUCCCGGUAUGCCGGGUGCAAACGGUCAAGCGGGAGCAGCGGGAACACCUGGCCCCCCGGGGACUGCAGGGGCCCCGGGUGCAAACGGACUUCCGGGCCCUCCAGGUCCUUCAGGAAAUGCAGGGGCUCGUGGCUCACGGGGUCUGCGUGGCCCUCCUGGACCCCCGGGGCGGUCAGCUCCGACAAAGGUUACACGCCCAACGGGAGACGGAGAUGGCAAGCAGACAAAGGAGCCGGACAAAAAAACACCAACGUUUGAAGGAUUCUGUGAGUAAAUGCUAUUUGUAAAAUCAUUUGGCGAGUUUUGUGAAGAGAUCACGCUUCCAGACCCUCAAGAAAGGCCAAGCUACCUUGUUACAUACAUAUUUUAGCGACAUUCAUUUAGCGAAUUUAUCUUUUUUCAAGAUAAUUAACGGUAACUAACCUAAAAAGCUCUAUAGGAGGCUUUUUCGUUGCCAUGAGAUACUUCCUUGAAGCCCUUUACCCCUACGAGUGAUAGCAUCUAAUUUCUCCCUACAAUAUCACCACUGAAUCAUACGGUAAAGUUGCAAGAUACUCGUGCGCACAAAGACGUACGUUCGUACAUGCGUACGUACGCAUUCAUGCGGACGUACGUGCGUGCGUACGUACGCACGGAUGUACGCACCUACGUACGCACGAAUGUACGCACUUACGCAUGCACGUGCGUACGUACGCAUGUACGCAUGUACGAACGUACGUCUUUGUGCGCACGAGUAUGCGUCUCACACGAGUAUGCUGCCAAGGCUGCACACAAUUCAAACAAAUUCUCCUGUCAGCACCUUAGGAAAUGUACGGAGAAUUGUAUCGAGAAUAUGUAUACUGAUGUUAGGGUGUAAAGGAUUAAAGAGCAAAAAAUUCUUUCAUUCGCUCGAGUACGUUUAGAUUACAUUACUAGGAUGGGACCAUGUGGGUCAGUGAAUGUUGUACUUUCACAGUUACCAAACCUCCAAAAACUCUUUUUCAGCCAAGCCGAACAUAACAAUUAAGCCUCCGAAAUCCUACAUAGCUACGAAAGGAGACUAUAUAGUCCUAGGUUGCUCUGCCGAUGGAUUACCGAAACCAGAAAUAAUUUGGGUGAAAAAGAACAAUGGACGUGCGGUCAUCGGAAAUUAUUUCACCUUGGAGAACGCUCUCCCGGAGGACUCUGGAAACUGGACUUGCCGUGCAAGUAACCUCAUGGGUACAGAUACCGCUAACGUAGAACUUAUCGUAGCGAGUAAGUGAUCUGACAAUGAUGGUAAAUGGUAAUUUUAUUGUUCGUAUAGCUGACAACUUCAAGCUUCCCAAGAAAACAUAACUGGCAAUCAUUUUAGUGUAGCUUGGUGUACCCGACUAGUUAACGUUAACGUCUAGCUUGCGAGCAUGCUCUUAUUAUCAGCGCCUCAGUGGGAGCGUUUCUUCCCACGUGAGUAAGUUUAAGGCCUUAAGCAUCACUUGCCGGCGAGACGUUUGUCAGACCACUUGCAGACCCCUCGCCGGCUGAUGUUGCUCAAUGCCUCAAACUUAUUGGAGAGUGGAGAACCGCUCCCACUGAGGCGCUAAUAAUGAGGCGUAGGCGCAGAACCCCCUAUUCAGAAAUUCUGGAUCCGCCUCUUCCAGUUCUAACUGCUCUUUCCGUUAAGAACUAAAAAAACGAUACUCGCAAUUUUCUCUUGACUUAUUUUUUAGCCGAGCCGACAUUCUCUAUAGCACCCGUGCCAAAAAUCACAGCUUUUACGGAUCAAAUCACCGAGAUAAAAUGCGAUGUAGAAGGAUUUCCAUCACCCAAGAUAGAAUGGCGUCGUCAAGGCAACAAGGAGCUUCCUUUUGAAAGGCACUAUAUCCGAAAUAACAACCUGUACUUAAGGAAUCCUAUCAAAGCGGAUGAAGACAUCUACAUGUGCCACGCCUCAAACCCAGCAGGGUCUGUUAUGGGAGGUACUGAGGUCACAGUACAAACCUAUGGUGAGUUUGUUUGAGCAGUGAAACUUACACUAACCCUGUUACACCGUAACAUCAGUAAGUAUAUGCUCAAUACUGUUUGUCAUACAUUUCGUAAGGUGCUGACUGGGAGGAUUUGUUUAACAAUCAAGAGCCUCCUCAGUUGGUGAUCAUUUCGUUUAUUCUCGUGAGACUUCAUGUGUGAUUCAGGGGUAAUAUUGUGAGGAGAAAUUAAGGGUAAGUCACUCUUAGAGAUCAGGCGGUUAAGCCAAGCUGUACUAACUUGGUCAAACAUCAGCCCAACUCUCAAUCGUCCUUUUUUCGUAUUUGCGAAGACGUCGCAUUAUUUGAAAAGUUUGUGGCUUUUAAUAAAUAACUGACUAAAUCCCUGUAUCAAGCAGACCCAAGCAAGGGUCUCAUACGAAAGUUUGUUCGAUACAAGUUUCAUUGUAAGAGUUUGUAAAAGUUGAGGAAUCAGGCCUUCUGACAUACAAGACUUCCCCCCACAGAAUGAACUUCGAAAAUCGGCCAACUAUGUGGAUUGCUCAUUCUGGUUCUGUCACGAUCGUAAUAAAUAUAGACCAGGUUCGGUUUUACGGUGGGACUUUGAUCGUAAGAAUUAAAAUCCUUGCCAAACUGACUUCUAAAAGACUAGUAAUUAUUUGUGGCCGGAGGAUUUUGGUUGUGUCACGUUAAUUUUACCUGAUCCUCCCAUAUGGUUCUGUGUUAGCAGUCAAUUUUCUAUAGUCUCCCUUAAUACUCAAUAUGGCGAGAACUGACUCCCCCCCCCCCACUCUGUUUCCCCUGAAAGACCUUUGAGCCCCCCCUCUCCCAACCGCCGGUGACAAAUACUGAUUGGUCCCUUAAACUCUUUCCCAGAACCAGUGGAAGUGACAAACGUUCCUUUGAGCAUUGUGACACUCCAAGAAUUCGAUGCUCCUGUCCGCGUAAAUUGCUCCGCACGUGGUGUGCCUAUGCCGAAUAUCACUUGGUAUAAGGAUGGUGUUGCCAUGCCAACGAGGACAAUAAUCGAUGGCGAUGAGGUUACUGGAGAACUAAACCUGGAGCGGCUUCGACCCGAAGAGCAGGGAGAUUACAAAUGCGUUGGAACGACCUCUGUGAGGAACGAACCAUUCACGUACACGACGACAAUUGGUGAGUAUUCUGUAGAAUAGGCUUCUUUUUUGGGAUGUUUUUCAGAAGGGCCGAAGCUAGGGCGAGAAGAGGAAUGCUGAAAAAAAAGGAACGCGCUCCUCUCUUCGCGUUUGACAAGCUUCUCGCACUUGUCCCGCUCUCGACCCACACUUAUCCUUGUUUGCAGGACUGAACAAACUAAACGUAAGCUUAUUUCCGAAUGUAAUUAGUCUCGCGCGAUACUUAAACCCAUUCAGACGCAUUGGAAACAAAUGAUACCUUGUUCGCUCGCGUUUUCCCGCGCUUUUGGUUGUAUGCCUUUCUUCACCUUGAUUCCUCAUCGGCUCAUGAUGACGCAAACCUUUUUUAUGAUUGGUUCAUGAUGACGCAAACCUUUCUUAUGAUUGGCUCAUGAUUACGCAAACUUUUUUCAUGAUUGGCUAUUGCGAUUACUUUGGUUGUGAUUUUGCGUCAUUUAAUUGAAACCUGCUCUUAAUUUCGAUUGGAAAUUGCUACAAUUGAUUUCUUACUGACUUCUUGUGUGUACAGAGCUUCAAAAGUGCCGUGAGCUGGCUGAUCCUGUCGACGGUUACAAGAUAAGCGAUGAUUAUUCUGUUGUGGGAAGUAUUGUGAGGUUUGCUUGCAAUCCAGGCUGUAUGCUGUAUGGAUCGUCUGCCAGAGUUUGUGGCAAAGAUGGAGUGUGGAGCGGAACUCAGCCUUAUUGUAAGUUUACUAAAUUAUACAUUUUAGUAGCUCCGUGUCUUUUCAGUGUUAGCUUCGAUAACCAACUGUUGUUCGGAAAAUGAGCCUCGAUAACCCACCGUUGUUCGGAAAAUGAGCCCACGCUCCUACCCCAAACAGACACCCGGGGAAGAUCAGGCCUGGAGUAUAGUGUGCGGAGGAAAUCAAGCUUUAAUCAGUUAAAAAUCAUAGAUGAAAUAAGCCUAUUCCAUACUUUUCAUUAAGGAAAACGAAGCGCGAUUGUAAACGGCGAGAUAGUGGCGUAAUGAACAACCUGACUAAAACCUCUCUCGUUUUUUUCCCACUGUUGCUACUAUUGCGCCGUGUUCUAUUUCGCGCGGAUUCCGUGCUGUUUUACUUGCUGAUGAGGCUAAGGCGACACCAGAAACACUCGUAGGAGGGGAGGGGGGUCAACGACAUUCCUUGUCUCAGCAUGAAACACUAGCGCUGGAUUUGAAUUCGACCCAGACUAUCGCCAUUAUCAAUCAAUUAUCAACGUCAAUUUGUAAGUGUCUUAUUCCAAAUCAUAAACCUCAUUUUUUUUUCGAAAUUUACAUUUAAUUUCGACUUAGAUGACACUCGAUUAUCAACGCAUGAGUCUGUCGUUUUUUAUGCCUCGUUCUAUUUUUCUAGGUUACAAUGUAGGACUAGUGGCUUACGAAUGCCAACACUACCGCCUCCUGACAGAGCAGGACAGAAACCUCAUGAGUCGAGAAUUGUUGGGUAAAUGCGACGACAAUUUAGCAGAGGGUUGGUACCGAAUUUCUGGUUCCGCUGGGGUUCAGAUGCCAAACGCAUGCCCAGGCCCCGGUAGAUGUAACACACAAUAUCCCGGCUGGUUGUUUGGCUCGCAUCCUCAUAAAGAUGACGGGUGUGUUGAACGCAUGGUUUGUUUUGGUGAUUAUGUGUCCGGCUGUUGCGAGCUUCGCCGUAAGGUACUGGUGAGGAAUUGUGGUGGAUUCUACGUUUACAAACUCGGCCCAACUCCCGGAUGUAAUCUCCGCUACUGUGGACGAGAUGCGCCGCCUGCGGUUGACGGAUGGUGAACUGGACACUUCUACUCGAACUAUGUUUUGAUCUCUUUAAAACUGGUUUCAUUUUUUCAUAAUUUUUUUUCUCAGAAUAAAAAGCUUUUGUUCUAUGUUUGUCAUGCUAGUGUUAUCAAUGGAGGUUUUUAAUGGUAGACGG